AUGACCUUCGUUGCUCCUCCUGGUUAUCAGCCCAUCUACGGGCCUAGGAUUCCUUACCUGGGUCCGAUCUACGGAGGCCUGAGGGAGGGGACGUCCAUCUACCUGCAGGGCUCCAUCCCCGAGGACAUCACCAGGUUCUUCAUCAACCUGCUGUGCGGCGAGUCCGAGUCCAGCGACAUCGCCCUGCACUUCAACCCGCGCUUCGACGGCUGGGACAAGGUGGUGUUCAACACGUGUCAGAAUGGAAGCUGGGAGUCGGAGGAGAAGAUCCGAGACAUGCCCUUCUGCAAGGGAGAGAACUUUGAGAUGGUCAUCAUGAUCACGUCACAGGGCUACCAGAUCAAGGUCAACGGAAGGGACUUCCACAUGUUCGAACACCGGAUUCCUCUGCAGAGAGUUCGAUCGAUGCAGAUCGACGGAGACGUUUCCAUCCAGACCAUCAACGUCAUCGGGGUGAGACCCUCCAGAAUGGGAGGAGGCAUGGGAGGAGGAAUGGGAGGAGGAAUGGGAGGAGGCAUGGGAGGAGGAAUGGGAGGAGGAAUGGGAGGAGGAAUGGGAGGAGGAUAUCCAGGAGGCGACAUGGGGGGUGGCUAUCCAGGAGGCAUGGGAGGUGGAAUGGGGGGAGGAGGAUACCCAGGAUCCAACCUGCCGGGUAUGGGGGGGCAGCCGGUCUACAACCCUCCUGUUCCCUACUCCAGCAUGAUCCAGGGAGGGAUGUUCCCUAAGAGGACCGUCAUCGUCAGAGGCAUGGUGCCCUAUGGUGCAGACAGAAUGUGCAUCAACUUUGUGGUGAGCAGAUCGCGGGACAUCGUCUUCCACAUGAACCCCCGGCUGAGGGAGGGGGUUGUGGUGAGGAACAGCAUGAUGGGAGGAAGCUGGGGUCAGGAGGAGCGGGAGAUGUCCAUGAACCCCUUCAUGGAGGGACAGUACUUCGAUAUGUCGAUUCGCUGUGGCAACCAGAGGUUCAAGGUGUUUGUGAACGGCCAGCACCUGUUUGACUUCUUCCACCGCUUCCAGUCCUUCAACGAGAUCGACAUGCUGGAGAUCGAGGGCGACGUGCAGAUCUCGUACAUCCACUUCUGA